AUGAAUCUAUGCUUCACGGGAUUCGAAUUCCACUCACAAAGAAUCUCACAAAGACCCUAUCUCGUGACUUCCAGUGAGAGAGUGAGAAAAGAGUGCAGCGGGGAGAGCAGCAAGAGACACAGAGUGGACUAUAAAACUUCCAGCACGCCCUUACUUCUUCGCCCCGCCCCUGCUUACCCCACACCUGCAGGCUCCUCAGUAAUGACAGAGGCGGCUGUCUCCCCUGCGGCACGCCAACAGUUCAGACGAGCAGACGAGGAAAAUAGGGAGGCAAAGAGGUACUCCGCUUUAUCACUUGACACCACCGAGAGGAGCACUGGCGACUGGAAUAAAGAACGAUAGAAAAGAAAGUAGUGCCGACGACUGAAAGGAAGGAACGGCGGGGAAGAAGAAAGGAUGGAUAAAAAAAAAAAAAAAAAGCAAUAUUGAAGUGAUAUGUAACAAUGAAAACUUAAAGACAAAAUCAACAUGCAGUUGGUUCAGUCCCGCUUCAUUCCACCCUCCCUCCCUCAGCCGCGCCGUGACAGCCACCGCGCACCUCAGCAGCUCACCACACCAGCCAGCAAACAUUCCGUUCUGCUCCCAGACACAGGUCAUUUUUCACAGUGCUCCAACCAACCAGCCAGACAGCCAGCGGUGUAGCCAGAAAGUGAGCCAGCCACGCCUCACAGCACCGGAGAGACGCGUGCCUAAAGAAAACAAAGGAAGGGAGAACAGAAGAGAGACCAGCUAACAAGGAAGCCAGGCAGGGGUGAGACAGAGGAAGCCGGAAAUGUGUCUGAGUCACUUCAAGGUUCAGGCUUCACGGGACGCGCCUCAGUACCGCACGUGCCAUGGAAGACUUGUCACUCCCCUCCCUACAUCCUUUCUUUCCCUUCUCCCUUUCUCUCCUCCCCUUUCCUCCCUCUCUUCGUCCAGUGAUCUGUAAUACUCUCUCUUCUCUCAGUCUGUCCUUCACCGUGAAGCAAAAGUGGAGGAAGAGGAGGAGAUACCUUGCGUUGUUUCCUACCCUUACCUUCCCUCCCUCUUUCCUGUGAUCUCUAAUAUUUUUUUUUCUCUCCUCUCCCGUCCUCUCCCUUAACGUGAAACAGUAGGGAAAGGGAAGGAGAGGGAAAAGUAGCGUAGAACUGUUUGUUUUCUCCAUUCUCUUCCCUUUCCUCUUUCCCUUCCUUUUGUGAUCCUUAGCACUUGUCUUCCUCCCUUGUCCCUUUCUCUUCCUUAAAGUGUAAAGCUGCCCUGAGGAGGAAGAGGAAGAGGAGGAGGAGAGGAGUUAUAUAGUUACAUAGAUACACGGUCUACAACCUCCCUUUGCGUCCCUACAAGAUGACCUGACCUAGGACUACUAAAGUGAUUGUAGAAAAAAAGGACAGCAAAGCAGAAAGUCUCUCCCUCCGGUAUAAGCCGUACAGGAAACAGGUCGGAAAUAAAUACCUUAUGGGGGGGUUGAAGUAAAAAAAAAAAAAACGAAGAAAUUUUUUUUAGGAAAAAAUCAAAAUAUAUAAAAUGAGGUGGUCCCAUUUCCUAAAACCAAGAAAAUUAAUGUCUAACAAGCGCUGUUAUUCGCGGAUUUUAAGCAAAAUAUAUGUCAAGACGGUGUUUAAAAGCCCCUGCGGUUUUGCAGUCUAUCACGUCUCGGGGAAGCCCAUUCUGUAGGUUGACGAAUCGACGGAAAAAUAAAUUCUUUGAUUCAUGAAAGUCAAAAGAUUUCCCAACAAUUUUGCAACCGUUUCCUAGCGUGUAAUUGGAAAAGUUAAUCAUUAAAUACUUAAUGCAGUUCAUGUCAUCAAUGCCUUUGAUGAUUUUAAACACAUGUAUUAAGUCGCCUCUGUAUGAUUUGUUUCUUUGGCUUGGUAUAAUUUGUUACUCUACGCUGAACUCGUUUUUAAUUUACCAGUGUCUUCCUGGUAAUAGGGGUAUCAUGCUUGAACGCAAUAUUCCAAAAGGAGACGGACCAAGGAGAUAUACUAAGUGAGGAUCAUAUUGUUAGAUUUAUAUUUAAAUGAUA